AUGACAGAGAAAGUCUCAAUUUCAAUUGGAAUUGAUUUAGGACUUACACAUUCUUCAGUUGCUUAUUACGAUAUUGUUAGAAAUGAAUCUAUCUUAAUUCAAGAUGAAAUAGGAAAAGAACAAAUAGCAUCAUGUGUUAGUCUUUCACAACUAAAUAAUAUUGGAUUUGCUGUUGUAGGAAAUCUGGCUAAAUAUGACAUUAAUAAUAAAUGUAUUAUUUAUGAUAAUAAGAGAAUUAUAGGAAGAGAUGAACGUGAUGUUAGUUAUGAAGAUCGUGAACAUUGGCCAUUCAAAUUAAAAUCAAGAGAUGAUGGAAGUGCUUAUAUUGAAUGUUAUAAUCCAUUAACUCAAGAAAGCGAAGAAUUUGAACCAGAAGAAAUUAGUGGUAUGAUAUUAAAAUAUUUAUAUGAAAUUACACAAGCAAGACUUGGUAAUCAUCCAAUAUUAAAUGUUGUUGUUACUGUCCCAGCUGAAUUCAAUGAUAGACAAAGAGAAGCAACAUUAUUAGCGUGUAAAUUAGCAGGAAUUAAGAAUGUUGAACUUGAAAAUGAACCAACAGCGGCUAUUAUUGAAUAUAAAAGAGAACAUCCAAAUUUAUUAAAAAAUGGAGAUAGAAUUGUAGUAAUUGAUUUUGGAGGAGGAAUAUUAUAUGUAUCAUGUUGUAAAAUAGUGAAUGACAAUGUUAUUAUAGAAUCAUCUGGAGGAAAUCAAAAUUUAGGAGGAAAUGAUUUUGAUAAUGUAAUGAUUGAUAUUAUUAUUGAAAGAAUAGAAAAAGUUAUUCCAGGAUAUUAUGAAAAGAAAAUAGGAAUAACUCAAAAAGAAAAGAUAAUAUUCAACAAGAAAAUAAUUAGAUUAAAGGAAGAAUCGGAAAGAAUUAAAAUUGAGUUAAGUGAUAAAACUGAUACUGAAUUAAAUUUAGAAUUAUUAUUGUCUGAUGAUUAUGAUGAUAAAUAUGAUAUUGAUCCUACUAUUACAAGAAAAGAAUUUGAAGAAGAAUGUUACAAAAGAGGAAUAUAUGAAGAAUUUAUUAAUAAAAUAAAACAAGUUACUCAAAAAAAAGGAUAUAAAAGAGGAAAUGUCCAAUUAGUAUUAUUAAAUGGUGGAACAUGUAAAAUGCCAAGAAUUAAAGAUAGAGUUGCUAAGUUAUUUGAUAUACAAACAUUUGCUGAUGAAAGUUUUAAUUCAAUUAAUGCUGUUGCAAAAGGGGCAGCAUAUUUAGCAUAUUUAGAACGAGGAGAUGAUCGUGAAGUUGUAUAUGAUAUUGUUCAAACACCAAUUGGAAUAGAAUUAGAAGGAGGAAAAUUUGAAAUACUUAUUAAAGAAGGAGAAACACUUCCUACAAAUAUAAUUACAAAAAAGUAUUGUACAGUCUAUGAUAAUCAAACAACAAUAGAAUUUAAUAUUUAUAAAGGAUUUAAUGAAUAUGUUAAUUUAUAUGAAAUGGAAUACAUUACUACACUUUGUAUUGAUGGAAUUCCUAAUAGAAAAGCUAGAGAACAAACAAUUAAAUUUACAAUUCAAAUUAAUGAAAAAGGAGUGAUGAAUAUAAGUGGUUCUGUUGAUGGGACUGAUAUCAAAAAAGAAAAGCAUGUUAAUAUUGAUUUAUCUAGAGAAGAUGAUGAAAUUACAAAAUUAAUAAAACAUUUUCAAACAUUUUAUUAA